UGCGUUCCACCAAUCAUCCCGCAAGUGCGGACGAUUGCUGUGGUAACAGCAAAUAGCGAGUGAGGGGUGAGGCGGACCAAGCCUGGCCGUCGGUGUGGCGCAGCGGGUUUGAAAGCUUGUCGUUUCUUCUAUGGCGUCCGCUCGAAAACGGACGGUCCUGGAAGUGGAGGAGGACCUGGAGUUCCGCUGGGAAUGGGAAGCGGAUGGCGGAAAGUGGAGUGUUUACUUGGACGAGCAUGGCCAGGAGAUCUCGAGGGCUUUAUGCUCUGGGAGUCCAUCAGUUCUCCUGUCUUUGACUCCAGCCACCACCCUCAAUGUGGAUUUGCAAAAAAUGGUCCAGAGGAACACACAGACGGGCUUUGAGAGGAGGGUCCGCUGUGCAGUGAAGGACAAGGAGGACUACUACCUGUGGCAGUGGGAGGACGAUGGAGGCAGCUGGCAGGGAUACAGUGCAGACACCUGUCGGGAGCUGGAGAGGGCGAAGAGGCAGCCAAAGUCCCAGCCAGUCAGCCUGACUGUUGGCCGCAAACACUACCUGCUGGAUACGUCCAGUAUGAGGCAGGUCAACAGACGUAGCCAGGCCGAAAGCAGGAUGGGACGGGUUUUGUCUGAUGCAGUGCAGUCGACCAGCUCCAACGCUCCUCCAGUCUCUCCCGGAACCUGCCCCCAGACCAGUGCCCCUGCUGCAGCCAAGAGAUCUCUGAGGGCCCCAUCCAGAGACGUUUCUGCCUCCCCUGGCGGAGAGGGGGGCGAUGGUACCGUGCGGACGCUUGUAGUGAAGGGUAAGACCGCUGUGGACGCUGAAUGUCGGGAGAAGCAGGGGAAGGCACAUGUGUACUGUGAGGCGGAUGAAGUUUAUGAUGCACUCCUAAACCAGACAAACCUGCAGUUCAAUAACAACAAGUUCUACAUCAUUCAGCUGCUGCAGGACGACGACAGCAGGCGGUUCAAUGUAUGGAUGCGCUGGGGAAGGGUGGGCAAGGUGGGACAGAACAAGUUGAUCCCAUGUGGAGCUGAUCUACAGAAAGCCAAAGACAUCUUUGAGAAAAAGUUUUCUGACAAGACAAAAAAUGAGUGGUCCCAGAGAGCAAAUUUCGAGAAAGUCGCCGGCAAGUAUGACAUGCUAACCCUUGACUACAGUGGCAAUUCUGUGGAACAGAAUGCACAGGAGGGAAAGGAGCCUGAGGCGGGGGCAAAGGUGCCACAGGUGGAAUCGAAGUUAGAUCACCGACUCCAAGAGUUGAUGAAGCUGAUUUGCGACAUUAAGGCCAUGGAGGAGAUGGUUCUUCAGAUGAAGUAUGACACCAGGAAGGCUCCGCUAGGAAAGCUGACCACUGAGCAGAUCAAGGCUGGCUACUGUUCCCUGCGAAAGAUCGAGGACUGUCUGAACCGGAAUGUGACUGGGAAAGCCCUGCUGGAGGCCUGCAACGAAUUCUACACCCGCAUCCCCCACGACUUUGGGCUGAAGACCCCACCACUGAUUCGCACCCGGAAAGAACUUCAGGAAAAAAUCAGCCUCCUGGAGGCUCUCAGCGACAUCGAGGUGGCCAUUGGCGUGGUGAAGAAAGAUCAGAACAGCACAGAAAACCCUCUGGACCGUCACUACCACUCUCUGCAAUGCAGCCUCCAGCCCCUGGAUCACAGCUCACACCAGUUCCAGGUGAUCGAGAAGUACCUCCAGUCGACGCACGCCCCCACCCACAACGAGUACAAAAUGAAGCUUCUUGAGGUCUUCGAGGUGGCGAGGGAGAGUGAGAAAGAGGUUUUCCGCUCUGACCUCGGCAACAGGCGGUUGCUUUGGCACGGGUCUCGGAUGUCCAACUGGGUCAGCAUCUUAAACCGGGGAUUAUGCAUCACCCCACCUGAGGCUCCUGUCACAGGAUACAUGUUCGGCAAGGGGAUAUACUUCGCUGACAUGUCCUCAAAGAGUGCCAAUUAUUGCUUUGCCACUCGAGAACAAGACCUGGGAUUGUUACUGCUGUGCGAGGUCGCCCUCGGGAACUGUAACGAGUUGCUGACCGCUGAUGCUGGUGCUGACCAUCUGCCUGCAGGAAAGCAUAGCACCAUGGGCUUGGGACGUGUGGCCCCCAAGGAGGGCAAUAGCGUGAGCCUAGAUGGUGUGAUGGUCCCCAUGGGCCCCGGGAAGGAGACAGGAGUGAAGAACCCCCAUGGUUACACCCUAAACUACAACGAAUACGUGGUCUACCAGCCCGCCCAGGUGCGCAUGAGGUACCUGCUCAAGGUGCAAUUCGACUUUGUCUCCCUGUGGUGAGCAGCUGGGCAAUUGGUAUCCAUGAGGACCUCCUCACCAAGGGCUGCUGGCCUCUCCAUCAGAGGCAAACCACCCACCCCUUGUUCUGUCAGACUGACAUUAACAUUCUGCCAAUUUCCUUCAUAUCCAAAACUCAUCAACCCACAUCUCCCUCUGGGGGAGAGAUUUCCAAAGAUUCGCCUCCGUCUAGGGGGUGGGGGAGGCAGGAGAGAAUCUCUACCCAUCUAUUCUGACCAGCAAACCCUUGUUCUGAGUGACCUCCUACCUCCCUUCUGGUCUGGGACAGUAAGGAGGAAACCCCGUCCCCCUCACCUACUCUGUUAUCUGUCGUGCCUCAGGAGGGUUCUGAAUGAGUUAUCCUCUCAUUGUCCCAAACCCCAGAGAGGACUGCUUAAUCUUUCUGCAUGGGUAAUCCCCCGUCCCCAUCCCAGGGACCGAGCUGGUAAACCUUCUCUGUGUUCCCUCUGUCACACACCUCUACUUCCUAAGGUUGGGUGCCCAGACCUGUGCACAAUAUUGCAGGGGUGGUCUCACCAAGAGACCCAAGCUUAAGAGGAUCACUGUCCUCCUGUACUUCCUUUGUCACAAUAUCCCCCUCCUUGGGUCGGGAGACCAGGUCUCUACACAAUAUAACAGAGACUGUGCCACCCCCCCACCCCGCCACCCAGUUCUGGAAUCUUCCCCCCACUAGAGAAACACCCUCUUAGCAUUUCGCCCAUUAAGCCCUCUCCCCACGACCUCGCACCUUUCAAUAAGACUGGCUCUUGUUCCCCUAAAUCACAACAAUUUCGGGUUUAACCCGGUAAGGGAACCUCCUCCCUCCUCAGGAAACUGACCCACGAUACUCUGUACCACCCUGCUAAGGUGGGUCUGGCCCUUGAGCCAGGAGUUCAGGCCUGUAUGCUGAUGAGUUAGCUCAGGAGGCAAAUCCAGAAGCAUAGGAAACCACAUUCCAGCGGUUAUCCCCAAAACCGAUUCAGCUGAUUGUUCAACAACUUGGAGCAUCCUAUGGAAAUGCAAUUUGGAAUCAGGAGACCAUUCAGCCCUUCCUCAGACUGAACCCAAUUCUUACACGGUCACAGCCCACCUGACAGCAAUCUAGACCUCAUGUUCCUCUCCAAUUGCACCCCCCCCCGCCAGACCCUCACUGAGAAUCCGUCUUCCCUUGACCUUACAGAUAUCCCCACAUUCCAUUCCCACCUUCCCUUGAGGGUAGGAAUUCCCAAGAUCCAUCCAACCCAAAAUAAAAUAUCACCCUCUGUUCUCCAUCAUUAAAGAGCAAUCCCUUUGUUUUUGGACGGUGACCCACCUUCUCCUCCUACCAGUUCCAGAUCCUCGCACAGGAAGGAAAACACACCGUGUCAUCAUGCCAGUCCCAGGAUGGGAUGUAUUUCAAUCCAGUCCCCUUUUCCCUCCCUGGAUGGCUUCAGACCUGGCCUGUCUGACCUCUCCUCAUGAGGUAACCUGCCUCCUUCCUUCCCCAGCUGGAUGCCAGAGGGCCACGUCUGGGGCAGAGAAGGAGUGGCGGGGGGGUGACCGUCCUCGGGGGCGGGUUUGGGUGCUGGAAGAAGGAACUUACACGGUGUAUGUGGGGGAGGCUGGUUACCAUAAGUUUGAUACAUUUGUAAGAAGAAAAUA